UAAUUGAGACAACAUAGCACCGUACAAUUUAGUGAACUCGAUACUGACGACUCUGUGUCUUUCCCUUUUCCUUCUCCAGAGAAGAGAAAAGAUAAAAGAGACACAACAAACAAAAGAAGAAUCGAAGCAGGCAGGAGGUGUGUAUUUCACACGCUACAGUGCUACACCACACUCUCUGCUCAUUAUAGUCACGUUUACCUUGCCCCUCAAUUAUUUCGCUCCAUCGUCGUCGUUUAUUUCCAGAAAAAAAAUCCGAUUCAUGAAAUAAAAUUGUACGAUCACCUUCUGGCGAUCUCUCCGGUUCGUGUUUCUCCGAUCUCAACCGGAGAGAAAGAUACUUUUUGAACACUGUAAAUUGAAGUUUUUAUUGCGUGAUUUGUUGAUGGAAUCAGAAAGAUCAUAGUCCAUUUCCGCUAAUCCCUAGUUUUUAGAGGGGGGGGGGGAAUUCUCGAGAGAGAAAAUGAUGCAGAGGCAGCGGAGUCCACCGAAGCACAGGCACGACGGGACUUCGCCGUUGCCGUUAGGGAUGGAUUGGAGUCCUCCGCCUCGAAAAUGGAGUGGGCGAGAAACCGUAUGGCCCCAUGAUCCUAGAACGGGAUGGAGUUACUGUGUCACCAUACCAUCCUGGGUCGUGCUCCCAAAAUCAAGAGAUUCAGAUCCUGUAGUGUUUUACAGGGUUCAGGUGGGUGUACAAUCACCAGAAGGGGCUACAACCAUCCGUGGAGUGUUGAAAAGAUUUAAUGAUUUUAUGAAGUUAUUUACCGAUCUUAAGAAGGCAUUUCCCAGGAAAAAUAUCCCACCAGCUCCACCCAAGGGACUUCUACGUUUGAAAAGCAGGGCACUCCUGGAAGAGAGAAGGUACUCUUUGGAGCAAUGGAUGACAAAACUGCUGUCUGACAUUGAUUUAUCAAGAAGUGUGGCAGUGGCAUCCUAUUUUGAAUUAGAAGCUGCUGCGAGGUCUUCAUUCCAAGAUGGAAAUCAGCAGUCAUCAGAAGCAAGUCCUACCGAUGAUGGUUCAACCUCCUCACUUCAGAUACCUCCAAAUUUAAGCUCUUCUCUUGCUACCAGUUCAUCAAUUGCAUCAGAUUAUGGCAGUGAUACUGUUUAUGAGACGUCUGAUCUUGGAACACCAAAGCUAGCAAGAGAUGGCAAUUUUGGAAUUGGCUUGGGGGAUCUAGCACUGGAUGAAGAUUUGACCGGUCCAAUAGGAAAACUUGUGAAGUAUGGUAUGACGAGCAUUGAUGAGGGACUUUUUAUGGGACAGACCAUUCUAGAGCAACUAGAAGGUUUUCCUAGGCAUACACCACAUGGUGGACAUAUGAACAAUGUUAUAGGGAAAGAUGGUUAUAAUGGAAAUGCAUCUAAAGCUUCAUUUCUUACUGGAAAUGGGAUGGAACUUUUCUCUGAACCAGAGCCUGGUAAGGUAUUUGGUCAUGUUAGAAAGUUAUCUUGUGAUAGCGUUGAAAGUGAUGGAAGUUCUCUACGAGGAAGUGAAAUAUCAAACUCUGGGAUACCAAAUUCAUCUGGUGAUGGAUAUCUUGACCUUUCAGGAGUUGCUGAGAUUUCGAGUUCUACAGAAAUUCUUGGUAAUACAGAACUGCAGUUUUCAGGUGAUGCACACAUAGUACUUCCUUUGGAUCAGCGUCAUAAAAUGAACAGGGUUCUGUUAACGAUGCAGCGGAGGCUAGUCACAGCGAAAACAGACAUGGAAGACCUCGUAUCAAGAUUGAAUCAGGAAAUAGCUGUAAAAGAUUACCUGACAACAAAGGUCAAGGAUCUGGAAGUGGAAUUUGAAACUGCAAAACAGAAAAAUAAAGAAACCAUGCAGCAAGCUAUUUUAAUUGAGAGGGAAAGGCUUACCCAAAUGCAGUGGGAUAUGGAGGAAUUGAGACGGAAAUCAUUGGAAAUGGAAUUGAAAUUGAAGUCGAAAGAGGGUGAGCAGCGGAGUACAGAAUUUCAAAUGGCACCUACUGACCAUGAAAAAGACAUAGCACUUGAGGAGUUGGAUGCUACUAGAAAGCAACUGGAGGAAUUGUCCAAGCGAUACGAGGAGCUUGAAGCGAAAUCAAAAGCAGAUUUUAAAUUUCUUGCUAAAGAAUUUAAAUCCCUCAAAAGUUCCCAGAAAACAUUGAAGCAAGAGCUUAGUCAAUCACUGAAGGAAAAAUCUGAAGUUGAGAAACUUCUUUACGAGGAAAGAGAAAUGAAGGAGCGUGAGAAAAUUACUCGGAAGAAACUGCUACAUGAUUGCAGGAUCCUGUAUGACCAGCUGCAAGAAUGCAACGGCAAUUUGUCCAGUGAAGAUAAUUUUAUUGUGAACUCUUCUCUGGGAGAUGCUUUAGAUUUGCUGACCACAUCUGAUGAUCAAAUCAGCCAUCUACUAGCAGAGGCACAACUAUUAUUUGAAGAUGAUGCUCCUAACAAGGAUACAAGAGCAACAGAUGAUGAAGUGAGGGAGAUGCUGGCAAAUAUCUUCACUGAUAAUGCUAAGUUGAGGAAACAGGUGAACUCUAUUAUGCGUCAUGCUCUUAAAAUGGGCAGCAUUUGUAGGAGUAGUAAUGACGAGGCUCCUUCAAGCAAUAAUCUUGAUGUAGAAAGAUAAAAGGUAUAGUCGAACACUGUUAACAAUUUUUUUUUUAGUAAAAGGCUUCUUUCGAGACCAUACUAGCAUUACAGGUAAUGGAUAAUCUGUUUUGAACAGUUUCAUCUCGCAAAAUCAGCAUUUAAAUUCGUGUAAUUUUGUGGUUUCACAAACAGUGGACUCAAAUUUCCUUUUCCAGUGUUGUAUCUUUUAUAUUUUGCUGGAAUAAUGAGAGUUAAUAUUAUUCAAGGAGCCAAAUAAAGAGAUUACAUGCCUGUUUUAUUACUG